CUGAACCAGACCGACGAGCUUAAGAACCACAGUCGCUCCAUUUUAGAUGACGAAGAGUCGAGAUGUGAUGAGCCCAUUCUGGGAGCCACCGGUGCACCACUUGAUUUGACGAGUGAUGUUGACGUUAAUGAGAGAAGAGGUCAUCAUGCCAUGGAAAAUUCCAGGCUUUCUGCUCUGCAGAAGGAUCUUGCAAAAGAAAUGAAAGUGAAAGAUGGAUUGGAGAAAUUCAUGUCAUCCAACACUUCGGCUAGCAGAAGAUAUCUGGAGGAUUCCAAAAAUAUGCUUGACACCGAUGAGCUAAAGAACCAUAGUCGUUCCGUUUCAGAUGACGAAGAGUCGAGAUGUGAUGAGCCCAUUCUGGGAGCCACCGGUGCACCACUUGAUUUGACGAGUGAUGUUGACGUUAAUGAGAGAAGAGGUCAUCAUGCCAUGGAAAAUUCCAGGCUUUCUGCUCUGCAGAAGGAUCUUGCAAAAGAAAUGAAAGUGAAAGAUGGAUUGGAGAAAUUCAUGUCAUCCAACACUUCGGCUAGCAGAAGAUAUCUGGAGGAUUCCAAAAAUAUGCUUGACGAUAGCAAAGCAAAAAUAGCUUUAUUACGUAUGCAGAUAGAGAAGAUUGCCCAUCAAGGACAUGAUAUCCAUUCGAGUAACGGAGGCAGCGAAGCCAAGUCGCAGUUGGAUAUCGUCAUUGAUGAUCUUCUUUUCCGUUUGUGGAAGGAGGCAGCGAUAAUAGAGGGUGCGAAAAAUAUGGUAAAAAUCCUUCGUGCUCAAAGAAAGACGGAUCAUAGGAGUCUCAAUGACGCCCAGCAAACUUUGAUACUUUCGGAAGAAAAACUUGAUCUCAUCUUAAUGGCGUUAAGAAAAUACAUCGAACAACUACCACCUGAGUCUAGUCGUCGUCGCGAGUUGCUAACGGAAAUGGAAGAAACCCGUAUGCCAUCUUCAUCACCUCAUGGACGUUUUGCCGAUCGUCGUUUUAGCCCUCCUGGAUCAGCACCCAGUAGCCCUCCUUCUGAAACAUCGUCUAAAACAGCUAGCCUACCACGUAGCUUGUAUUCUCGGCGACUGAGCACUUUACCACCUUCACUGGCUGUAAGUGGAAGAUUGGAGAUAAGGUUAAUAGGAUGUCAAAACCUGGUCAGUGAAGUUCCUGGACGUCUUCCUCGUGCUGAAGCGUUGGGAGCAACAGCUUCAAGUUCGCUAACCACUGAAAGUACUAGUCGUGGCAAAAUUCGCUCAUCAUCUACACGGACCCAUAGCACUGUCUCACGCCAGUCAGAUGAGGUAAUAGCUCUUCUGCGUGUAGAUAGCCGAGUCGUUGGACACACCGAAGCUCGCCCGCUUAGCCAACAGGCAUGGGAUCAGCGCUUUAGCGUCGAUCUAGACAGGUCCAAAGAACUGGAAAUAGAAGUGUUUUAUCGUGACUCUCGGUCUAUGUGCGCCUUCACAGCUGUAAAAUUGGGCAAUUUCGUAGAGCCAACAGGUCAAGCUGGAAUGGUUCUUCAGUUGGAGCCUCAUGGAGAUUUGUUUGCUGAGUUCAAGUACUUGAACCCUGUCAUCAGCCGUAAACCCAAACUCGAACGACAGAAGCGGUUGUUCAAAGUGAAAGAACGCAAGGAUAUGGCAGGUGUUAAGAAACAGCUGGGAGUUCACGCGCUAUCUCGAAUGUUGAAAGGGCGAGAAAAUGAGCCCAUCGUUGAUUACGGAACGUCUGGAUUCCAACCAGGUUAUGGAUUCCCUUCAAAGACAUCCUCUACAUCAUCGUCAACUCGUGAAGUAAUCAGAGAUCGCACGACUGUUUUUGCGGAUAGCGCGGCUAGGUUUUCGCAAGUAGCUCAACCAACGUUUGGAGGAGAAACUUCUACUACUCCACCACAUCGACAUGUGCAACAUCACAGUGAGAAUAUCCUACUACCAGGAAGUUAUCGCAGAAAGUCAGUUCCGCCUGCUGUAACCGCAAGCUCUAGCGAAGAAACAACUUUGCAUUCCCCUCAGGCUUCGGUCUCGGCCGCGCCUCUAGCACCUGCCCCACUAGUGCCAUCUAAGGGCGCCAACUUGACCGUUGACAUGUUCCGGAUGGUCAGCGUUCUUGGCAGAGGCCACUUCGGAAAGGUCGUGAUCCUUGCUCAACACAAAACGAAUUUAUCAUACUAUGCUUUAAAAAUUCUCAAGAAAGGAGAUAUUCUUGGUAGAGAUGAAGUUGAAUCUCUUAUGGUUGAGAAACGGAUUUUCGAGGUUGCCUCCCGCGCACGCCAUCCAUUCCUCGUGAACCUUUUCGGUUGCUUCCAAACGGCGGAACAUGUAUUUUUCGUUAUGGAGUACAGCAUGGGUGGUGACCUAAUGCGACACAUUCAUGACGACAUCUUCAGUGAAGAAAGGAGUUGUUUCAAUGCGGCUUGUGUUCUUCUGGGUCUAGAGUUCCUACAUAAGAACAACAUCAUUUACAGAGAUCUCAAGCUGGACAACCUGCUACUGGAUAAAGACGGUUUUGUAAAAUUGGCAGAUUUCGGUUUGUGUAAAGAAGGAAUGGGUCCUUCGGAUAAGACAAGCACCUUCUGUGGAACACCUGAAUUUUUAGCUCCGGAGGUUUUGACUGAAUCAUCGUACACGCGAGCCAUCGAUUGGUGGGGCUUGGGCGUGUUGAUUUUUGAAAUGCUGGUCGGUGAGCCACCUUUCAGUGGUGAUGACGAGGAAGAGAUUUUUGAUAGCAUCGUAAAUGACGAAGUUCGAUACCCAAGAUUCCUCUCUAUCGAAAGUAUUUCGAUUAUGCGUCGACUGAUGAGGAAGAAUCCUGAUAAGAGAUUGGGUGCAGGAGAGAAGGAUGCUGAAGAAGUAAAAAUGCAGCGUUUCUUCAAACAUAUUGAUUGGCAGUGGGAUCGACUUCUUCGCAAGGAGAUUACACCCAAAUUUAUUCCUCAAAUCAAAAAUCCUGAAGAUGUAUCGAAUUUCGACGACGAGUUCACCAAAGAGAAACCACGUUUCUCAUCCGCAAAAGAUAAGCAUAUCAUCACGGAAGCAGAUCAGCAACUCUUCUCUAAUUUUGAUUUCUCAUUAGUAAUGUGA